GCUGACACUGCCACAUUAGCUGCAGACGCCCAGGAAUGGAGCUAUAACGGCCGUGUUACUAUGACUUUCCGUUUACCGUCCUAUCCACCCACCACACUAUAGAGAUGGCCUCCACCAGGCACGGGCAAAGAUAUGGCUCGGCGAGAUCAGACGAGCGGACCCAGGCACCAACGAGGCCGACCCUGGGAGCAGGAGCAGGGGUUUAUAGGAGCGCCGUUUCUGCAGAUAACUCGACGUCUUCGCAACCACGGAGGGCCAUGGAAUAUUUGCGGACACAGCCCCAGGAGAGUGCCUCCAUAUCUCGGACCCCGAGCUCCAGCAGGAUACCACAGGUUCAGACAACCGCCAGGAGGACUCCCGCACCCAGACAAUCAACCACCCGACCACCAUUAUCACACCAGGACAAGCCAUGGAGUUCCGGUUUCAGUAGCCUUGGAUCUUCCUCCCGGUCAGCGUCAUCAAGUGCCAUCCCCACAGGUUCACUGUCCUCUGCUCGCCAGACUGAGGAGCUCAAGCCCCGGCCAGUGCGGAAUGUGCUGAGGCGCAAGUCUGCGAACCUGGCGCAGGAGACUGUCAAGCUACGAACCCCGUCGGGCAGUGGACCGUCACGCGAAACCGACUCCCCGGCGUCUAUAACGCGAUCGCUGGCCUCGCCAGACUCGCAGCUCGACCGCAGCUUGACAGACUCGCCCGCAGAGAUCCGCAUCGCGAUGCAGGUUGACCUCCCGACGACCAUGGCACAGACGGUCAAGAUCUACCCUGAGCUUGACCGAUACCGGGACGCCAAGCCGGCAGGCAGCGGCUAUAUGAUCGAGGUGCCGUACCCGCUUUCGACACGCGAUCUUCCGCCGCCGACGCCACUGUUCUCGGGCACUAGCAGCCAGCCUAGCGCCUACAGCGGCAGCCCCUCGACGCGCUUUUCUGGCUCGCCCGGGCCCGGUCCUUACAGCCGAGACACCACACCCACCACCUCGAUUCCGUCGCACUCGCCCGGCCUGGUGGCGCCGUUGCGCCUCCCAGCACCUCGGGUGAGACAGAACAGCCCGGCACGCCACCAGCAGAGCUCUCGGCCGCCCGUCACGCGGAGGAGAGCGGGCAGCGUGCCAAAUGAAGUCGACUCGAUUAGUGCCGACCCCCACGGCCUCGCUGCCGUGAGAGAGGCGCUCAACUCAUCUUCGUCAAACUCGACCGUCCGUGAUAGCGACAGGAGGAACGCCGCCCCGGUGGCUAUAACAGCCACCGCCGCUAGCAGUGAGACAGGGAGCGAAACGAAACGGAAAAAGAAGAAGUUUGGGGCCGCCCCGUCGCCAAGCCCGCCUCCACGGAAGAGUUCGACGAAAUUCAAGGAGUCACCCCUCAGGGACUCCCCCCGAGAUGCCCAAGAGUCGUCCCCCUCCAAGUCGGCUCGCGACCCCACCCGGCCAAUCAUGGCCUCGUCGGCCGGCAGGCCCACGCCACCGACCAUGACCAGGGCCCACACGGCCACGCCAGCCGUCACAUCACCUAGGGGGGUGCCACCUGCACGGCCCAGCCGGGACGGCACACCCGACCUCCAAUCCCAGAUCAGCCUGCCCAUCCCCGUCGUCCAGAGCAAUCUCUCGUCUUCAUCGCUUUCGGAAAGGCGCCAGAGCUUACCUUUAGGCCCAGGCUCCCGCAGUGCGCCUAGCAAUCUAACUCACGGUAUCAGGUCUGCUACACCCUCUUCGCAGCCUGACCGCUUCAUGCAGCCAACCCAGUCCAGGCUUCCUGUUGGGAGAGAGCCGACGCCGGCGCUGCCCCGGCUCGACACCCGGCGGCCGAGCCACUCUGGUUCCACGGCCAGCCGCACGCCUAGUCCGAACGUGUCCGGCUUCCGAUCUCGCUUCCCUCUAUUCGGGAGGCGCACAAAGACUGCCCCUGAGGCCGUCACACAGGUCGCAGACCAGAAGGAUAAGCCCGUCCGCAAGGGCCCUGCCGCAGGUACCGGUCACGAGGGCUAUGGACGAAUCGGCAUGAUCCACCACCGCCGCCGCAGCAGCAGCCUCGCUCGGGGUGUCGGGGGCACCAUGUCGUCGCAAGAGAGCCUGGAGAGGAGCCUGUCCGAUGACCCGUUUCUUCUGGAACGCAUGAAGCCCGUCGUCAUCGCCGGUGGCGAUGUUGUGCAGAAUCACAACGUCGGCGCUGAUCUUGGCCGCACAGAGAGCAACCAGAGCCUGCCAGGAGGAUUUGCGAGGACGGGCUCUGAUGUGUCUUUGGCGCCGCCCCCGGGGGACAGGACUACCCUUUGGCCAUCGCCCCUCCCCCGAAACGUCAACACCACCACAAGUUCUCUUGCCGGCCGUCGGCCCUCGGACAGCAGCGACUCGGAAGCGCUGGCUAUGCGUUCAACGCUUGCCUUUAGGCGAUCUAUCCACAAGAUGAGGGACGGCGCCGACGCCGCCAUGCGGAUCCCGAAGCCCAUAGUCACCCGCACACAGGGCGUGAUAUCCCCGGCUCUCACCAGUAUCGACACCACCAUCAUGACAGACGACUCUGCCAUCGAGGCGCCGGCGGGCGGCGCAUUCAGGGCCAUCAAGGGGUCCGCGCCGUCAGCUGAGUCUUCCAAGAAGCUGAUCAAGAGGGCCAAAUCGCCACGCCGAUGGAAUUUUUUCGGCCGGUCGACAAGCCAGCCUGCUGUUGCCACCAAGAGCCCCGAACCACCUAAGCCUGUGGUGGCCGUAAAGGUGGCGCCGCCCAAGGCUGCUGCGUUUUACACGAUGGACCUUUCCGAGCAGGAGGACAACGACGGCGGAGAUGUCGCCGAGGGACCGUGGGACGCGAACCUGCUCGCUGUGCCCUCGCCCCAGCCUCAGCUGCAGCCACAGCUGCAAUCUCCUCAAAACCAGAUCCCGACGACGCGACGCCCGUCGGUCACGAGGACGGCCACCAACGAGGAGGAGCAGCUCAAGCGCGGCGGGGUUGUCGAGCCCCUGGAGUAUCAUGAGAUGUCACCGGAGCCCCAACCGCCCCAGUGGACCGAGACGCCAUUGGUUGCGACUCCCGAGCCGGUGAGGGCCGUCGAGCCUGUCGAGCCCGAGCCUCAACCGACGGCCAGGAGAGUCGGGAGACCUAGCCGGCUGCCGCAAGUGGGCCGCAUCCCCAAGGUUGUCAACUCCCGGCCAGAGCAGACGUCUCCGAAGAGCUUCUCGCGACCCUUUAACCGCAUUAGCAUGCGACUCGCGCCGCGUGGGGAGAUCAAGGAUGCCAAUUCCGUUGCCAAGGGCCCGAGCCCAGUGAAGCCGUCGACCCCAGAGCCCAUGCAGCCCACGCCUCCGGUAGAGCCUGCCGAGCAAGCCUCGACCACAGCCACCGCGUUCGACUCUCGCUUCCGUGGCUCAAGAGAGCUCACGACAGACCUGGCAAACAUCAUGACCGAGUUUCUCGCAUUCGCCCCGCGCAAGAACUCGCAGAGCACGACCUGCACGACAACGACCACAUCCUCGUGCAGCUCCGGCAUUGUCUCGUACGCCGACGCCACGGCCGUGGUGCCCGCGCCCAACGCGCCGCUCGUUGAGGAUGAGAUCUGGGGCGAGUACGACGAUUUCUUUGGCGAUGAGACGCUCAAGGCCCCGCCGUCGGCCGGCUCGUCUCACGGUACCCCCUUCCAUCUGGAGCACCUGGCCAGGAGGGUGGUUGAGCCGCCCCUGGAGUCGCCCACGUUCAAGCAGCCCGUUCGACUUCCUUCUAUUGAUGCCGCUGCGACCGGUUCCCAGCGGCCCUCAACCAUCUCGCAGGCCGAGACAGAAAGAGAGAAGGUGCCCAUCGCCUCGAGCAUCUACAGCACCGACAUGACAGGUCCGCUCAAUGAGGCCAUCGAGACUGGCUUGAUUCCCAUCUCGUCUCCAUUCUCCGUCUCGGAGUUUGUCAGCGGGUACGGGGACGGUUCGCCAAAGGCCAGUCCGACGACCAAGGUACCCACUGUCAAGAGCCCGGUAAUCAAAGCGGUGGUCGCCUCCAAGCCGCCGACGUCGCUCAGGCGCAACAGCACACCCGUGAGCAACAGCAGCCCGCGCCGCCUGCCGCACCAGAAGCGCGCCUCGGACGCCAGCGGGGCAUCGAGCCUGCUCAGCGAGCUCGACAUCUCGUCGCCGCUCUCGCAGGUCAACCUGCGCGUGGGGUCCAUGACUGUCAGCAAGUGGCUCACCUUUGGCCACGUGCUCUUCAGCCCGGUGCGCGAUGAGCUCGUGCCCGAGGUCGGCUCGUCCGAGAAGUCUCUGAAACGCCACUCCAUCCUCGUUAUCGAUGGCCUGGGCAAUGACGACUGGUCGUUCUAUGCGGCUGAGACAUAUCCGGAGGCGACGUUUUUCAACCUCUCACCACGCGCCCCGCUGGCUAACUCGUCGUCGACCUCGCCGGGCUCGUUCCCGCUCACGCCGCCCAAUCACCAUCAGAUCCAGUACAAGUCGCACCUCGAUAAGUUCCCCUUUGGGCCCGAGAGCUUCACGGCGGUCGUGUACCGUUUCCCGGCGGCCGCGCCCGAGUCGCACUUCCGCAACAUCAUUGCCGAGGCUCGCCGGGUCCUCAAGCCGGGCGGCUACAUGGAGCUCUCCAUCCUGGACGUGGACCUCAACAACAUGGGCAACAGGUCCAGGCGGGUGGUGCGGAGGCUCAAGGAGCGGAUCCACGCCGUCAAACCCGACACGUGCCUGGGCUCGACGGCGGACCUGCUGCUGCGCCUGAUGGGCCGCAAGGGCUUCGUGGACAUCAAGAGCUGCCGCGUCGGCGUGCCCGUGGCCAGCCGCCUCGCCGCGUCCUCGUCCUCGGGGAGCAGCGGCGAAGGAGCGGGCGCGGGGCCGUCGCCGCUCGCCCGUGGGGCGGCGGGGGCGCCCCGGCGCAAGAAGGACGACCGGUCGCUGGCCGAGAUGAUGCGCGACGAGAGCCCCGUGGCGGACGAGUCCAUCACCAAGAUGGUGUCCAAGGUGGGCCGCUGGUGGUUCAGCCGCUGCUACGAGCCGGGCGUCGGGGCGGGCGCGGCAGGCUUCGGCGGCAGCGUCUGGAACGACAAGCUGCUGCUCGCCGAGUGCCAGGAGUGGGGCACCAGCCUCAAGCUCAUGGUCUGCCACGCCCGUGUGCCCGACGGCCGGGCGCGCGUGGCCAGCAUCUGA